CAUUCUGCUUCCCCGGAGCCGAAUGAAGCAGGGAGCGGGAUUAGAGUCUGCCACCGGCUAUCAGAGGAGCUUAGAUAAAAGGAACUGCUUCUUAAGCACCACUGCAGCAGCCCUUGUUAAUUUUUUUUUUUUUUUCUUUCCACACAACAGUUGUACCUCAUUAUCCGGUGCCUGGCUCGGAUUUUUUUUUUUUCUUUUUUGAGGGUUUGAAGUUUCUGUGCUUCAGUGACUGUUACAGAAGAAGAGGUGUUAGUGUUGCCAUGAGGUCUUGAUUGUCUGCAUUUAUGAAUGAAACUGACCUAAAUCACCUGUUACCUCCAGUUUCCAGAUUGUUUGAACUUCUCUGGCGGCACAAUACAGGAAGGAAGACUACAGCAGCAAAGGGACCCACGGCGUCUGCAGCAUGGGCUGGUUGACUAGGAUUGUCUGUCUUUUCUGGGGAGUAUUACUUACAGCAAGAGCAAACUAUCAAAAUGGAAAGAACAAUGUGCCAAGGCUGAAAUUAUCCUACAAAGAAAUGUUGGAAUCCAACAAUGUGAUCACUUUCAAUGGCUUGGCCAACAGCUCGAGUUAUCAUACCUUCCUUUUGGAUGAGGAACGAAGUAGGCUGUAUGUUGGAGCAAAGGAUCACAUAUUUUCAUUCAACCUGGUUAAUAUCAAGGAUUUUCAAAAGAUUGUGUGGCCAGUAUCCUACACCAGAAGAGAUGAAUGCAAGUGGGCUGGAAAAGAUAUCCUGAAAGAAUGUGCUAAUUUCAUCAAGGUACUUAAGGCAUAUAAUCAGACUCACUUGUAUGCCUGUGGAACUGGGGCUUUUCAUCCAAUUUGCACCUACAUUGAAAUUGGACAUCAUCCUGAGGACAACACUUUUAAACUGGAGGACUCGCAUUUUGAAAAUGGCCGUGGGAAAAGUCCAUAUGACCCUAAACUGCUGACAGCAUCUCUUUUAAUAGAUGGAGAAUUAUACUCUGGAACUGCAGCUGAUUUUAUGGGGCGAGACUUUGCCAUCUUCCGAACUCUUGGACACCACCACCCAAUCAGGACAGAACAGCAUGAUUCCAGGUGGCUCAAUGAUCCAAGGUUCAUUAGUGCCCACCUCAUUCCAGAGAGUGACAAUCCUGAAGAUGACAAAGUAUAUUUUUUCUUCCGUGAAAAUGCAAUAGAUGGAGAACACUCUGGAAAAGCUACUCACGCUAGAAUAGGUCAGAUAUGCAAGAAUGACUUCGGAGGGCACAGAAGUCUGGUGAAUAAAUGGACAACAUUCCUCAAGGCUCGUCUGAUUUGCUCAGUGCCAGGUCCAAAUGGCAUUGACACUCACUUUGAUGAAUUACAGGAUGUAUUCCUAAUGAACUCUAAAGAUCCUAAAAAUCCAAUUGUAUAUGGAGUGUUUACAACUUCCAGUAACAUCUUCAAGGGAUCAGCCGUGUGUAUGUAUAGCAUGAGUGAUGUGAGAAGGGUGUUCCUUGGUCCAUAUGCUCACAGGGAUGGCCCCAACUAUCAGUGGGUGCCUUAUCAAGGAAGAGUGCCCUAUCCACGGCCAGGAACUUGUCCCAGUAAAACAUUUGGUGGGUUUGAUUCUACAAAGGACCUUCCUGAUGAUGUUAUAACCUUUGCAAGAAGCCAUCCAGCCAUGUACAACCCAGUGUUUCCUAUUAAUAACCGCCCGAUAAUGAUUAAAACAGAUGUAAACUAUCAAUUUACACAAAUUGUAGUGGAUCGAGUGGAUGCAGAAGAUGGCCAGUAUGAUGUCAUGUUUAUCGGAACAGAUGUUGGGACCGUUCUUAAAGUAGUUUCAAUUCCUAAGGAGACUUGGCAUGAUUUAGAAGAGGUUCUGCUGGAAGAAAUGACAGUUUUUCGGGAACCAACUACCAUUUCAGCAAUGGAGCUUUCCACCAAACAGCAACAACUCUACAUCGGAUCGGCUUCCGGGGUGGCGCAGCUGCCUUUGCAUCGCUGCGACGUCUACGGGAAAGCCUGUGCCGAGUGCUGCCUCGCCAGAGACCCCUACUGCGCCUGGGACGGCUCGGCCUGCUCUCGCUACUUUCCCACUGCAAAGAGACGCACAAGACGACAAGAUAUAAGAAAUGGAGACCCACUGACACACUGUUCAGACUUACAGCACCAUGAUAAUCACCAUGGCCACAGCCUUGAAGAGAGAAUCAUCUACGGAGUAGAAAAUAGUAGCACAUUCCUGGAAUGCAGUCCGAAGUCACAGCGAGCAUUGGUCUAUUGGCAAUUCCAGAGGCGAAAUGAAGAGCGAAAAGAAGAGAUCAGAGUGGAUGAUCAUAUCAUCAGGACAGAACAAGGACUUCUGCUGCGUAGCCUACAGCGGAAGGAUUCAGGCAAUUACCUCUGUCAUGCCGUGGAACACGGGUUCAUGCAGACUCUUCUUAAAGUGACCCUGGAAGUCAUAGACACAGAACAUUUGGAAGAACUUCUUCAUAAAGAUGAUGAUGGAGAUGGCUCUAAGACCAAAGAAAUAUCCAACAGUAUGACACCUAGCCAGAAGGUCUGGUACAGAGACUUCAUGCAGCUCAUCAACCACCCUAACCUGAACACGAUGGAUGAGUUCUGUGAACAAGUUUGGAAAAGGGACCGAAAACAACGUCGACAAAGGCCAGGGCAUACCCAAGGGAACAGUAACAAGUGGAAGCACUUACAAGAAAAUAAGAAAGGUAGAAACAGGAGGACCCACGAAUUUGAGAGGGCACCGAGGAGUGUCUGAGCUGCAUUACCUCUAGAAACCUCAAGCAAGUGGAAACUUGCCUAGACAAUAACUGGAAAAAAUGCAAUAUACAUGAACUUUUUUCAUGGCAUUAUGUGGAUGUUUACAAUGGUGGGAAAUUCAACUGAGUUCCACCAAUUAUAAAUUAAAUCCAUGAGUAACUUUCCUAACAGGCUUUCUUCCUAACACCACCACUUAACAGAGAUCACAGGUGAUGCAGAUGUUCACUUUAGCAGACUUAAUGUUUCCUAUGAGAUUUCAUUGUACAGGUUUCGCUUUGUUCUUUGCCUGAGAAAUAAAAAUGUCAUUUGCCAUACUGCCACCUAAAGGAGAAAAACUGCAUCAGCAAAGCCAUUUUAUUGAACUAAAAGUUUAAAAUAAACUGCAUGGAUUUACUAAGCUGAUGAAUAUUCCAAAACGUGGUUGGAUUCAAGGAUAUUUUUUGUCUACCAGCCCUUGUGUAUGUACUGGAGGAGUAAAACGAGUAAAAUGAUACUGAAUGAAAUGGUCUGUGGAAAUAUUAAAAACAUAAACCAUCCAUCAUCCAGAAGAAAAAUGGAAUACAUUGAUCUACUACUGAUGUCUUCUUUCAGCUUUGAUCUAAAGAUGUAUUUUAUUAAAACUAUAAUUUAAAUGUACCAUGACAAAUAUGCAGUAAAAAUUAAUUGUUUUCUAAGCUAGAGUAGGUUUUUGUCUUACAGUUAUUGUGCUAUAUAGUUUUUGCUUUAAAAAUUCCAAUUGUGUGCUGCUUUUUUUUUGACAUUUUAUUUUCAGUUCCAUAAGAGGGGUAGCUGAUAUUGUUCUAGAAACAUAUGUACAUCAUUAACAGUGAAUUUCUAAAACCAGAAUAUAAAGUAUGCUCUAUUUCUUUGAGUAAAUCAAACAAAUGGAAGCUGUUCACACCUCCCAUUCUUUAAGUAUUAUCUAAAUUAAUUUUAACCUGCAUAAUGUUCUUAGAAAAAUAGAGCAUUUAACCAGCAAAAAAGGGAGAAACAAAUUGAUUUUUAUUAUAUCUAAAGUAUCAAUGAAAAGGAACUGUGUUUCUCAUGAAAAUAAGAAGCAUUGUCUUAAUAUAGUGUUAAUAGAAAUAUCUAAUUCUGCACUUGAUAUUUAAGACAUAAAAUCUUUCUCAUGAUUCCGCUAGGAAUUAUAUCUCUGUCAUUUAAUAUUUUUUGAAAAGAGAGGGAUCAGUAAUAUUCAGAACAACACCUUAAAGGCAAAUUUCUCAACCAUUUACAUCUGUAUCAGCUGCCUCUUGUUUAAGACAAUUAUCUGUACAAGGUACACAUGACUGUUUUUAUGUCGCUGGGAGUGACUUUUAUACAAACUAUUUUCCAGGAUGCAACCCACCUUUGAAAGAUGUUAAAACUUUUGUUUCCUGCACCAACUUACAAAAUAAGGUAAAUGAUUUAUAAUUAAGGAUUUGACUCCUUCAUUGUCUUAAAAUGAUUUGUUGAGAAUCAUUGACUUCAAGAUAGGUAAGACUUUCAACAUUAUAAUACGGUUUCUUUUGCACUGCACUCACCUUUCAGGAAUCCUUUCCUAGGUCCUUCAUCAUGCACAAAAAUGCAAAAACAAAAUCUUAUAACUAAUUAAUGAAGCAACAUUGAAAUUCUAACUCUAGCUGUCUUGGGAUUCUAAUUAACUCAGCAUUAAUUUCUCACUUCAGACUACAGUGAAUUUUUAUUCCCUAUCAGCUAAAAUAUUUCACAGAUGGAAGCUCAUGUUUCAAUUUUAAUGAUUACUUUGAAUAAACAAUUUGUUGCCACUUGUUUCAAAUAAAAGCCUAUAAAUAAUCUACAUUCAAUUUUAAGCUUCAUUGACUAAUACGGUGUUGCUUUUGGAAGUGCUAUACAACUCAUAUAAGCUGCGUUGUUAAAUUAUUUGAAGGAUACACGCCUGUACAGAAGAUAGUGUUUGAAAUGCAAAUCAAAGAACAAAGAGUGCUUCAGAAAUAGGCCAUACUUUUAUUUUCAUAGAGUAUCUUAACUGUACUAAAAUUCAGUGUUGCAUUUCAUUCUAAAUUUGCAGCUGAAAGAAAUUUAUUUGCAAUAGCAGAAGUAUCUUAUUUCUUACUAGCACUCAAAAUAAAGGAUUUGAAAGGAUAGAGAUUGUAUGAUAACUUCAUGAAUGCCUUCCAAAAUCUGAAUGCAUUUUAUUUAGCAUUAUGAAAUGCCAAUAGAAAAAAAAGUCUAGACUUUAAUUAAAAGUUGCAAAAAAGGACAAAUCUACCGGCAUGUCUUUAUAUACCAUCAGGUCUAAGUUUUUGAAGAAAAUUAUAGAUACAACUUACAGAUAAAUAACUCUUAUGCAGUCAUAAUCUUCUGCCAAUGUGUAUUGAGAGGGGGCAAUUUGCACGAAAAAGAAUAUCCCAUUUAAUAAUUCAGUUUUAAUAGACUUUGGCAUAUGCAUGUGUCAUCAGAGAUGAAACUUUGUUUAAGAGACUUGUGACCUUAAGUAAAUUAUAACAGCAGUCUUAAGGUAUGAAAAAGAUGCAUCACAGCAGAGAAAUUAUAGCCCAGUUGAAAUCAAAUGUAAAAUGUAAACGCAUGUAAAUGCACAUUUAAUGCUUUUUUAAUGUAUUAUUUAGUGAUUUUCAAUGGUAUGUGUUUAAUAUUUUUGCUACCUACACAUUAGGCAAAAGAGAUGUAAAUACUUUGAGAAAAGAAGAACAGUGUAAAAUAAAACUUUCUGCAGGUACUCCAUUUCAAUGUGUUCAACAUCAUCCUAAAAUGCAAGAUUUUCCCGCACAGGUGACAAGGUGGUUUAUGUACUACUUAAGGGCAGAAGGUAUGUGCCCGAUAACUAAGCAUGUUUUUGCCAGGUAGGAAAUAUGUUCCAUAUCUGUAUUUAUCAUUGCAUUUCAGAUGGGAACUAGAAAAUUGGAGAGAAAAAUGUAAUGAAACUGCUGCUGUAAAUUAUUUCUUUUAGCAUGUAUUCAGUUGCUAAAUACACAUUUCUUCAAAAUA